GCUACGGGUCUUGAACGAACAGAAUCAUUGGAAUUUCUUUGAGUUUUAUCCUGCUAUGGAGGCCUACAAUCCCAACCCCACCGUCUACAAAUCGGCAAAAACAAUUCGCAAAUCCGGCGCAAAGGAAGGCUCAUUAUGGCUCGUCGAGGACGAGGAGAACAUCGAGGACUCGGACGAAGUCGAGCCGCUAGACCAAGACGAGAUAUUCGACCUCAUCCGCUCGAUCACGGAUCCCGAGCACAAGCAUAUGACUCUCGAGGACCUCAUGGUCGUCUCUGCGCCGCAAAUACGGGUGGGGUCGAACCUCGUCGACGUCGAGUUCACGCCGACCGUCCCGCAUUGCGGUAUGUCGACCUUGAUUGGCUUGUCGAUCAGGGUGCGCCUGUUACGGAGUCUGCCACAGCGCUUCAAGGUGGAUAUUCAUGUCAAGCCUGGUUCGCACCAGAGCGAACAUGCCAUCAAUAAACAGCUGAACGAUAAGGAACGGGUUGCGGCUGCGCUAGAGAACCCCGCGCUAUUGAGUGCAGUGGAAGAUUGCUUGGCCAGCGCCGGGCUUCGCGGGGAGAGACUCGAGUAGCUGGCUGGACGUUGAGGCUGAGGUUGCUUGUACGGAUAGGAUUUGUAUCGAUAGCUUUUCUCGUGUGUAACAUGCAUAUGGCAUUUGGGAUAUUCAGAACCUGAACCUUGGUAUACAAAAUGGUUAGCUAAUCCGUAUAGUACUGCGCCAUAUAAUCUCUACAUACAAGUGUGCGUGCAGCGGGUAAUAAGGGAAUGUAAUAGAAUAUAGGUUCGUGCGGGUCUAGGGAGCGUGAAAUAGGUAUGGCAG